AUGGGCCGUGCCCUGGAGCACAUCGCCAAGAUGCCGAACGCCGGCGCGGUGUUCGUGGAGUCGUGCGGCCGGCCGACCCUGGGCUGGGACAUCGGCGAGGACGCGCGCGCGGAGUUCUUCGAGCGGCAGGGCGCCCCGCAGAGCAGGUGGCGGCUGACGGAGGCGAACUGGAACUACGAGGUGUGCGACACGUACCCCCGGAGCCUCGCGGGACACUUCUGGCAACCGCCGGCGAGAGACGACCUGGUGCGGGCGGAAGCCAAGUGCCGAGCGAAGCAGCGCUUCCCCGUGCUCACGUACUUCCACCAGGCCAGGGGGUCGGCGCUGCUCAGGUGCUCCCAGCCCGUGGGCGGCAAGCAGGGAACGGACAAGGAGUACCUGGAGCUCUGCCGUAAGGCGGUCCACCAGUUUGCCGCGCUCAUCAUCUUCGACUGCAGGAGCCAGGUGGCGGCAGCGGCCAAUCGCCUCCGGGGGGGCGGCCAGGAGGAUCCGCGCGACUACUCGAUCGGGGAGGGCGGCUUCCGGAGCGGCGACGUGCAGAGUGCUACCGUGAUCUCGCUCGACGUGCCCAACAUGCACGACAUGCGGUCCUCCUGGGGUGCGCUGCAGGACCUGGUGAACCGGAGCGACGUCGCCGAGCGCAGCUGGCUGCAGAAGCUCGGGGACACCAUGUGGCUGGACCACUGCCGCAGGGUCACGGAGUCUGCGGUGAGCGUGGCCUAUGCCCUGGACGGCGAGGCCGACGGGUCGCCUCCCGCCUGCGUGGUGGUGCACUGCAGCGACGGCUGGGACAGGACGGCACAGGUGUGCGCACUGGCGCAGCUGCUCUCCUGCAAGCGCUUCCGCACGCGGCAGGGCUUCAGCGAGCUCGUGGAGAAGGACUGGCGGCGCUUCGGCCACCGCUUUGCGGAGCGCUCGAUCACGGAGGGCUCGCGUGCCUCACCGAUCUUUCUGCAGUGGCUGUUCUGCGUGCACAUGGUGGUGGACCAGUUCCCAGGAGAGUUCGAGUUCGGCAGCGAGGACCUGAAACUUCUGGCCGACCUGCGCCUGUGCGGCGGCAUAGGGACCUUCCUCUUCAACUCGGAGCGGGAGGCGCGGCUGGCGCGUGCGGAGCGCCACGAGAUCUCCGUGUGGGCCGUGUGGCUGCAGGGCCAGGACGCCUCCACCGAGCUCCUGCCCACCAAAAGCGCGAACAUGGCAGACUGGGUCAGGAUGGCGCAUCGCGAGAGCAGCGCCUCACCCGCUGCUGGUCGCGCGGGAGCAGCGACCGACAUGCUGCUGCCCAUCACCUCGCUCAAGAGCAUCCACCUGUGGAGCUGGGCCCUCAGAUACGACGAGGUGGCGUUCGCCCGGCAGAAGGCGUACUCGACCAGCGUCGGGAGGAGAAACCCCCAGCGCCUCGGCGGGGGCCUGGUGAUCAUGUUGAGGGAGUCGGGGGCCUCCGAGUGCAAGGGCUGCGGGUGCGACUUCAGCUUCUCGAGGCGCCGUAACCACUGCCGGGGCUGCGGCCUGCUCUUCCAGAGGAGCAAAACAGGCGGAAUGAGCAUGCUGUUUCUGAGUUCCGCGCAGAUUUUUUGCAUCGGCGUUGGGUCACCCAGGGAGGGGGGCCCGGCGACGAUCCAAGAAAUUCGCGCGGCUUGCAACACUUUAUGCUCGUGUCGCUGA